AUGCUGGAAGUGGCGAUGCAAAGCCAGGAAGUGGUUUCAGAGAAGGCAAUAACCGAAGGGGGGCACGACAUCCCAUACCUAGCGAAGGUUUUAAGAACAGGAGGGGCCGACAUGGACGGUAGGCCUGAAAGAGAACAUGGAAGAUAUAGCAAUGGACAUGGUGAGAGGAGGUGUUACAACUGUCAAAAGAUCGGGCAUAUUGGUCGGGAUUGCCCACUGAAGAGAGCCCAGGUCAAUCAAAUUUCGGAGAAAGCUUCGAAGCAGAACACGUUGCCACAGAAAGUAUCUUCAAGGGAGGAAACGACGCAGCGACGUCGGAUAUCACCGAUUAUUAUUGGGGCACGAAGCCUAGGGGUGAAGUGUGGUUCAUGGAGCAAGGAAGAGACGCCUAGUGGGAAGUUCGAUGACAGUUGA